AUGGCGAUGAGCAUUGCUGGUUUCUGCCUCGUCAACUGGGUCAACUACGGUUUAUCCUUCGUUGAAGGCUCUGUCGCAUGGAGGUUCCCCCUGGCCUCUCAGUUUGUGUUCAUCUUUGUGCUUUUCGCCACUGUGCCAUGGCUUCCAGAGUCUCCUCGCUGGCUCAUCUCUCACGGCCGCACACAAGAAGCAACAGAGAUCCUCGCCUGUAUCGAAGACAAACCAACGACAUCCCCAGUCGUAACAUCUCAACUUCACGAGAUCCAGUAUAGCGUUGACUAUGAACUUCAACACGCUGUGAAGUGGAAGGAUAUUCUCCUCCGUCGCAACAAAGACACGGCCGAUACCAAGGCUCUUCGGCGUUUGUUGCUCGGUGCAAACACCCAACUCAUGCAACAAUUCGGCGGGAUUAAUAUCAUGAGUUACUACAUGCCCACCGUUCUCAUCAACAGCGUUGGUCUAUCAGAGAGUAUGGCCCGUUUGCUCUCCGCUUGCAACGGAGUGUCUUACCUAAUCUUCUCAUCGAUCGCAAUUCUUCUUGUUGAGAGAUGGGGACGGAGAGGACUUGUGCUACUCUCCACGUCUGGUCAACUAUUGUCGUUCUUGGUCAUUACUAUACGCGGUUGGUGA